AUGGGCAACGCACAACGAUUUCAUCGUCAUCAACUUGAACUUCAUCGUUCCGAUGCGAUUUAUGUUCCCAGUGAUAUUAUUUCAGGUUCGAUAGCAAAUAUAACCAACGAAGAUUUAUCAAUUGUGGUAGUCGGUACCGUUCGAUUCAAAAAACACAAGAAGAAACAAAUCGAACAUUGUGAAAUCGACUUCUUUUCGUCAGGAAUUCCGCUGAUACCGUCGCCUUCACAAAUAUUUCAGAUUCAUUUAACCGAACAUCUUCCACCAUCAUUUAAUCAAUCAAAUACUUUUCCGCAGAUAUCAUAUUCCCUCAAUUUAGUUGAUCGAGCAUCGAAACCUCGAAUCUACUCUACACUUCCCUUACAUAUCCAACCUCGGACGCAGAUUCAUCAUCCAUCACUUCUAACGCCAUUAGUCUUCGGACCGGUUGCCAAUGAUGACUACCAGACAAAACUUCAAAUCAAAAUUAACCGAUCAGCAUAUCAAUUCGGCGAUGUAGUUUGUCUAUUCUACGAAUUGCAAAAUCCAGCCGGAGUAUCCAUUCAUAAGAUCGACGUUAGCUUAGGAAUCUACUAUCUUGUUGAGUCAAAUAUUUAUCAAGAAGAUAUCACAAAUACAACCGAAUGUUUUAACGAGAUACUCUCAACGCAAAAACUAUUCCGACACAAAGCUAUUUUACAUAUUCCUGAGGACGUCUAUCUACCGCCAACAUUUAAAUAUAAACACGAUCAAGGUGAUGAACGAGCACAAUUCCAUUUAACAAUUGAAUACAAGGUACAAUUCAAAGUUUAUUUAGGAAAUUCCGACGAUCUAUGGCAAGUUGAUAUUCCCGUAGCGCUAUGUCAUGAAAUUCUUGAGCAAGCAAAGACUGAACUUUGCCAAAUGUCACAAGAAAUAUAG